GUCUUUCUCCCGCCGGGAUUGUUCCUAGAAGAAAUGGCCAAUGUGCGUCCACCAAGUUUUUCUAUAGAAGAACUUAAUAUAUACUGUCAGAAGCGCAACUUGGUACUUAAGUAUUAUGAACUGUCUAAGAAAGGACCUGCACAUAACUUAAAGUUUACAUUUCAAGUUAUCAUAAAUGAGAGAAAAUAUUCAGAAGCUGAAGGUAAAUCAAAGAAGGAGGCCAAAAAUGCUGCAGCCGAAUUAGCUAUUAAAAAACUUAACGAAGAAAGCAAGGCAGUUAGUUCUUUAUCACUGACAACAACAGAUACUUCAGAAGGACUAGGAAUAGGAUCCAUUGAGAAUUUCGUAGGCCGUUUGAAUAGGCUUGCCCAGAAGGAAAAACUAUCUGUAAAUUAUGAACAAUGUGAACUGAACGAAUCUGGGCCAGAAAGAUUUUAUUAUAGAUGCAAGAUUGGACAGAAAGAAUAUGCUGUUGGCGGAGGUGCUACUAAGCAGGAGGCAAAACAGAUGGCUGCGAAAUUUGCAUAUCAGCAGAUAGAGUUAGAGAAGACCUCCAUGAAAGAGGACUCAGAAGCAUCCAGUGAUUCUUGGACUACUUUGUCUAGUGACUCCAGAAACAGCACUUUGGUGAAAAACAUAUCUGCUUCUAAAUCACCACUUGAAAAUGAUUCCUCACCAAAUGCUCCAGAAAGAAAUUGUAACAGCAUCAGUGUCAACACUUCUUCAUCUCCUCUGAGCAAUGUCAGAAGUAGUGAAAAGAAGGUGAAAAGAACUUUGGCACCUACCUUUAACUCUCCUGUGAGCAAAGAAAACAAGCACACUGUGGAAGAAAGGUUUGCUAAUGAUUUUACAGAAAUAACGCCAAUUGGCUCAGGAGGAUAUGGUCAUGUUUUCAAAGCAAAGCACAAAAUUGUUGGGAAGUUUUAUGUUAUUAAACGUGUUAAAUAUGAUAAAGAGAAUAAGGUAGAGCGUGAAGUAAAAGCUUUGGCAGAGCUUCAUCACCCAAAUAUUGUUCAGUACUGUAAUUGCUGGGCUGGGGACGAUUACCAUCCUGAGGACAGCAUAAAUCCUUCAAGACCAAAGAUUAAGUGCCUUCUCAUCCAAAUGGAAUUCUGUGACAAGGGGACAUUGGAAGCAUGGAUUGAUGACAGAAGAGGCAAGAAACCAGACAAACUUUUGUCUCUGGAAUUAUAUGAACAAAUAGCAGAAGGUGUAAAGUAUAUACACAGCAAAGAGCUAAUUCACAGAGACCUUAAGCCAAGUAACAUAUUUUUAGUAAAUACAAAGCACAUAAAGAUUGGAGACUUUGGACUUGUGACAUCCUUGAAAGAUUAUGCAAAUGGGACAAGUAAUAAAGGAACUCUUCGAUACAUGAGCCCAGAGCAGAUUUCUUCACCAGAAUACGGAAAAGAAGUGGAUAUCUAUGCUAUGGGGCUAAUUCUGGCAGAACUUCUUUAUAUAUGUCCCACUCUUUCAGAAACAAUACAGAUUUUUAAAGCGCUAAGGGAUGAGAAGUUCCCAGAUGUGUUUGAUGCCAGAGAAAAAUUUCUUCUGCAGAAAUUACUGUCACAUGAUCCCACAAAGCGACCUAAUGCUUCUGAAAUACUGGAGACUUUGAAGGAGUGGAAAAAUGUUGCAGUGAAAAAGGAACGAAACACGUAUUAGAGCCCUUCUAAAAAAAGUAUCCUGCUUUGGAU